AUGGUGCUCGAUAUUGAUCUAUUUCGGGAAGAGAAAGGAGGGAAUCCUGAAGUGGUGCGAAACUCGCAGCGCCAACGAUACAAGGAUCCCACUCUUGUUGACAAGGUGGUUGAGCUCGACCAGUCUUGGAGGAAAGCCCGGUUCCUUGUUGAUGUCUUUAACAGACAAAAGAACGUAUUAAGCAAAGCUGUUGCGGAAAAGAUGAAGAAAAAAGAAGCACAGGGGACAACUGAUUGCGUAGAAGAGUCAAUUGUUUCGCGGUUAGAAUCUCUCAAAAUGGAAGAUCUUAGCGGGCUGACUGUAACCCAGAUCAAGAAGCUGCGUGCUGUUCUGGAUGACAAGAUGAAUGAAACGAAGGCAUUAAUGGAGAGCUUGGAAACAGAGCGAAACCAGAAUCUGGUGCAGAUUGGAAAUAUCGUUCAUCACAGUGUCCCAGUAUCUGACGAUGAGACGAACAACCGCGUUGAGCGCACUUUUGGUGAUGUCACAGUUAGGAGAAGAUAUUCACACGUUGAUCUCGUAGUAAUGAUAGAUGGAUUUGACGGCGAACGUGGAACUGUUGUUGCUGGUGGUAGAGGCUACUUUUUGAAAGGAGUACUCGUCUUUCUCGAACAAGCUAUUAUUCAACUUGCAUUGCAUAAGUUAGAAGAAAAAGGCUUUAUUCCGCUUUACACUCCCUUCUUUAUGCGCAAAGAAGUUAUGCAGGAAGUAGCCCAGCUAAGUCAAUUUGAUGAAGAAUUGUAUAAGGUGACCAGCAAGGGGUCUGAAGUGCUUGGCGAUAACUCAGUAGACGAGAAAUAUCUCAUUGCUACAUCAGAGCAGCCAAUAGCAGCUUUUCACAGGAACGAAUGGCUUAAGGAGUCUGAUCUGCCUAUCAAAUACGCCGGUGUGUCAACUUGUUUUCGUCAAGAAGUGGGAAGUCAUGGACGAGACACUAGAGGAAUAUUUCGGGUGCAUCAGUUCGAGAAAGUUGAACAGUUUGUGAUUUGUUCUCCAUUAGACGAUGAAUCGUGGAAGUUGUUUGAUGAGAUGAUUAAUAAUGCUGAGGAGUACUGUCAGUUACUUGGAAUCCCAUAUCAAGUAGUAUGUAUCGUUUCUGGUGAGCUUAAUAAUGCCGCUUCGAAGAAACUUGAUUUGGAGGCGUGGUUCCCUGGUUCGGGUGCCUUCCGAGAAUUAGUCUCUUGUUCAAACUGCCUCGAUUACCAAGCUCGUCGACUGAAAGUACGAUACGGUAUGACCAAAAAAAUGGACGGUGAAGUUCCAUUUGUGCAUAUGCUAAAUGCAACAAUGUGUGCAACUACUCGAGUCCUUUGUGCUUUAUUGGAGAAUUACCAGACUGAAGGUGGUAUUGUGGUUCCCGAGGUUCUUCAACCGUAUAUGCCAAUGAAGUACCGUACUUUUAUUCCAUUUGUGAAACAAGCACCGAUUUGUAAAGACGACAAGAAGAAGUGA